GCGUAUGCGUUUAUAAAACGCAGACCAGACGCAAGCAAUAUGCAGUUGACAUUCAAACGAUUUCGUGAAUUCGGCAGGAAUUUCUUCACGCCAAACACCGAACUGGAGAAUUUAUCGUGCUAUGCAACAUUUGCAGAAAAGCUUUUGGAAGUGGGUGAUAAAAAGAAGGCACAAGCACUGGGCACAUUCAUUAAAGUGAGCAGUGUGAACAUAUGGGAUAGGAAAGAGGAGAGUGAACGACUGGCAGCCUUGAGACUGGCAUUGGUUUAUGUGAACGCGUUAGGAGAUGAUUCGAAGAAGUGUGAUGCGAUCGCGAGUAUUGUAUUGAGAGGCACUCUUCCAGAUGAUGACAAACCAAUGGUCUAUAAGAGUGUGGAAGUUCAGGAUCGUUUGAAUAUUCUGUUGAGUCAAGCGAUCAAAAAUGGAUUUCGCAAUUGGGAAGGUGCAGUGUUGGAUAUUUUAGCGACACUGUCGGUGGCGUUUGUCUAUCACAAGGCGUCAACAUCGGAUCGUUAUCGUUUCUUGUGUACAACGUACGAGAGUUUGCAAAAAGUGCUCGAUCUCAGUGAAAUGCCACGAUUUACGGUGAGUUUUGCAGUGUGGUGA